AUGGCUAUGACAGUUGGAAUUACAACAAAUCCAGAAGAACUACAGAUAGUGAUUCAAAGAGUUGCUUCAGUUCAAUGCAGAAGUCCAUCAUCUGAUCUAUUACAGAAUACAAGGGAUUAUGUGAACAAAUGUGCUCCCAUUUACAACCUUGCAAUUAAAGGUGACUGGAAAGAAGCAAGAGCUAUGUUAAUGGAAGAUAGCAGGUUGGCAACUGCUGCCAUCUCACAAGGAUGGGCCACACUGCUUCACAUAGCAGCAGAAGCAAAUCACUUGCACUUCGUAGAGGAGCUGGUGAAACAACUACACCCAGAUGACUUGGAACUACAAGACUUCAAAGGCAACACAGCUUUCUGCUUUGCUGCAGCAAUUGGAAAUGUCAAAAUUGCAGAAGCAAUGGCCCGAAGAAAUAGCAGUUUGCCCACUAUAAGAGGUGGAGAAGGACUCACCCCACUUCACAUGGCUGCUUUACAGGGAAAAUGUGAAAUGGCAUGGUAUCUCUACCCUUAUACAGUUCGCAACUUCCAUGCUCAAGAUUGGGAUUUGUUGUUCUUUCUUUGUAUCAACACUUCCAUUUAUGAUUUAGCUUUAAAGAUGUUACAAGAUAAUCCGCUAUUAGCACUCGCUCGGAAUGAGAACAAGGAAACAGGAUUGCAUGUUUUGGCACGAAAAUCUUCUGCUUUUAGUUCUGAAGAGAUACAACUGAUACGAGUCAUAAACGAGCCGUCUCAAGUUAUGUUCAUUGCUGCAGAAGUAGGAAAUUGUGAGAUUAUAGUUGAGUUGGCUAAAUCUUACCCAGAUCUCCCAUGGAAUGUUAAUGACAAAAAUCAUAGCAUCUUUCACAUUGCAGUUUUGUAUCGCCAUGCAGCCAUAUUUAAUCUCAUACAUGAAAUAAGAUCGAUCAGGAAUUUUGUGGUAACAUAUGUGGAUGCAGAUCAAAACAAUUUACUGCAUUGUGCUGCAAAAUUAGCACCACCAAACCAACUUAACUUGGUGUCUGGAGCAGCUUUUCAGAUGAUGCACGAGUUACGGUGGUUCGAGGAGGUGAAGAAGGUGAUGCCACUUUGUUUCAUAGAGAAGAGAAAUUCCAAUGGUAAAACUCCUCGAGAACUUUUCACAGAGGAGCAUGCAGAGUUACUGACAAAAGCAGAAUCUUGGAUGAAGAGCGUGGCAAACUCUUGCAUGAUAGUUUCAACACUUAUUGCUACAGUAGUGUUCACAGCAGCAUUCAGCAUUCCACGUGGUGAUGAUAAAAGUGGAAACCCCAACUGCAAUGCUAUCAUCUUCAUAAUAUUUGCAAUCUCAGAUGCAACUGCACUGAUCUCAUCCUCAAUCUCAAUUCUUAUUUUCUUGUCCAUACUUACCAUAGCUCGUUAUGCAGAGGAUGACUUCUUUAUGUCACUGCCAAUGAAACUGAUAUGCGGAUUGGUUACACUGUUUAUCUCCAUAGUAAGCAUGAUGGUGACAUUUAGCAGUGCUUUCUUCAUAACUUAUGCUCAUGGCCUAAAAUGGGUGCCAAUCUUCAUUUCUGUACUUGCACUUUCACCAAUCACCUUAUUCACAUUUCUUCAUUUUCCCUUAUGGUCAGACAUUGUUUACUCAGCCUAUUUCUCUAGGUUUAUAUUUCGCCCAAAUAAGCACGUUCUGUACUAG